AUGCGCACCUUCACUCCCCUCACCACUAUGCUCGCUCUCCUCCUUCUCACCGCCUCCGCUACUGCCCAAUGGGUCAGCCACCCACAAACCGUCUGCUCUUUCGAGAACACCGUCCCUAUCGCCGAUAUCGAACCAUUCCUCUCCCAGUAUGACUUUUAUAUCGACUGCUACGCCAGACGCCACAGCCUUCCACCCACCGGCAACAGCUGCACAAAGCUCUGGACAAACGGGAAGGAGCCCAACCUCAAGAUCGCGAUCCGCGUCUGCCCUCAAGAAACGAAGGACCCGCUUACCUGGCGCGAUGGCGUCGGAUAUGGUUGUCUCGAGGUUGCUAAUGUAGUAAGGAAAUUGGUGGCCGAGUGUGGGAGGGAUGGCAGGGUCGCUGGAAAGGCGAACCUUGGUCCCUGGGGACGGGGUUAUGUCGAGGUUAGAAAGAAGGAUUGGUUGAUGGCCUUGCUCGAUCUGAUUGGGUAG